AAGAACACAGUUAGCUGGUUCGUUGCUGUCCUCUAGUUCUAUUAAAUACUUCCCACGCGCUUUACAGCUGUUUUGUCGAGCGAGUACUAUGUUUCAACCUGAAGAGCAUGGCCUAGAGGCCGACUUUCGUUUGACCAUGUUUUCCACUUUGCGAGGGUGAGGCUGCAAGGUCCCCGAAGAGAAGCUUAAGCAAUAUCUUACGGGAACAGAAAUAGUUAGUAAUGCACCUAAGAAUAAUGAUGACUAUAUUGGAUCUGGAAUGGAUUGCGCGGUUAUACCCUUAUCACGUCACAAGGAAUAUUCUCUAGUACAGACCGUUGACUUCUUUUAUCCUCUAGUUGAUGAUCCCGAAGUAAUGGGUCGCAUAGCUUUUGCUAAUGUUUUGAGUGAUGUUUAUGCUGUUGGCGUAACGGAAAUUGAUAAAGUCGAAAUGCUUAUUAGUGCGCCUUCAAAUCUGACAGAGAAGCAGCGAGAUAUUGUGGUUCCCCUAAUUGUAAAAGGCUUCCAGAGAGCAUCGAGCAGUAGCGGCUUUUAUGGCAAUGUGACCAUAAAAAAUGUUAUCAUUAAUCCUUGGUGUAUUAUUGGAGGUAUUGCGACAGCCAUUUGUCGAAAGCAAGACAUUAUAUUACCAUCAAACGGCAAAGUUGGCGAUGUCUUGGUGCUAACAAAGCCGCUUGGCACACAGCUAGCAACGGCUGCGCACAUUUGGCAGAAGGAGCAAAAUGAAAAGCAUGAAAAGUUGCUCACUGCAUUUACGGACGACGAUAUAAUGGAAACAUUUCAAAUAGCAAUAAAAUCAAUGACAUACCUUAAUCGCAAUGCUGCUUUGCUGAUGAAGAAAUAUGAAGCACAUGCUGCAACAGAUGUCACGGGCUUCGGUUUGCUAGGUCAUGCCAAAAAUUUGGUUGAGUUUCAAAAGCAACCGCUUUUGUUUAGAAUUCACAAAUUGCCUAUUAUUAGAAACGUUUUGAAAUUUGGCGAAUUAGUUGGACAAUGCACCAAACUAAAGGCAGGUAAAGCCGUUGAGACGUCUGGCGGAUUACUAAUUUGCUUGGCCCCAGAAGCAGCUGAAGAAUUUUGCAGGGAGUUUGAACACCUGACAAAUGGAUCACAAAAGGCUUUUGUUAUUGGUGAAGUUAAGGAAGCAGAUAAGCCGGUUGCAGAAUUAGAUGAGAAUGUUGAACUUAUUGAGGUCUCAUUUUAAAAAAUAUUUGGUUUUGAUGAAUCAAAUUGAGUAUUCGACUUAUGAUUAUUA